GUUCUUAUAUGUGUAGUUUUGUGCCUUACGUCAGUGUCUGAUGCCUGCAUUCUGUACUACCUCGCUCAGCGAGAGUGCGGCUUGCCGAGUGGCGAGUCUACUGCGGGGCAAACCAUCCACAGAAGAGGUCAACACGUCCUCGCUUCACCACAAAGUGAGGGAGAUCGAAACUUUUUUGACCUCCGCGGCUCUUUCCCCUCCUGUGAGGAUGGAGACAGGACUAAAUGAGGACCUCGCCGCGAAAGGGCGUGAUCGUGAUGAGGGGGAGGAGCGUGUAGUGGAGCUGAGCGUCGUGGCCGGCGUUUUCGAAGAAAAGCCCUCCUUGACGGGACGCCAAUCGGGCCUUCUUCUACCCGGCGAGGACACCGAACUCGAGCUUCAACGUCGCAGUGUGGAAGAAUCGAAGGCGUUGCUAAACUUGUUGGGGGCUCUCGCCCCUUCCCACGCCGGAUCGUCAAAUCUGCCUUUGGUAGAAACCCAUCAUGGGCCGUGCGAAAAGGCGCUGAAGAGGUCGAGCGAGCAGACCCGCGAUGAGGACAACAUCAGUGAUGUGGUGGUGAUCUAUGCGGAGGAGUUAGAUGCGGAGGAAACUACCAGUGAUAGCAGUGAGGAUUUAUAAUUUUCGCGAGUCUUAACGACUCUCCAUCGAAGAAAGUGCUGUCAGGAUCAUUGGUGUGGAAGUGUGAAAGCGAUCACCGAAAACAAUUUAAAAGGAAAAACUGCUGUAUUACUCAAAAAUAAUUCAUGUAAGCGUUGAGGAGUUGCGUCAUGAAUAUUAAACAUGCAUAAUAAUAUGUUGAGGAGGGAGAUAUCCUAAAAUUUCAUCCGUA